AUGCCUAUUAAUGAAGACUAUACAAUUAAAGUAAAAACAAAAUCACAUUCAUAUAAUUUAAAUAAUAAUUCAAUGGAUAUUACAAAUGAAUAUCCAAUGUCAGAAAAUCCUACACAUCAUCAAAAAUUAACUAAAACUGAAUAUUCUUCAAUUGGUUCAUCUCAUAAACUUAAUUUAUUACUUCAACGUUCACUUCGUUAUUCAUAUCGACAACGAUGUUGUGGAUGUUGUCCAACAAUACUUUGUGAAGUAUUAUUUCCUCUUAUUAUAAUGGCAUUAUUAGCAUUAGCUCGUUAUGGAUCAAAUGCACUUAUUAGAGAAAUGAAUGAAAAUCCUAAUUCGGCUUCAACAAGUUUUGGUCGUUCUCUAUGUUCACAAAAUAUGAGUACAAUAAAAACAACAUUAUCAAAAGAUUUAUUUUCAAAAUGUUUUAAAUUUCCACCAAGUUAUAAAAGACAUGAAUGGCCUUUCUUAUAUUCAAAUAGAACAAAUAUUAUAUUUCAACCAAUGACAAAUGAAACAGAAGAACUUGUUACACUUGCUAAAACACGUUUGACAAAAAUGAAUUGUAAUAAUACUAAAAUAUCGCAUCAAAGUAUAAAUGAUGUAAAUGAUACUUAUUUACUACAAAAUGAAGAAGAAAAUACAAUUAUUAUUGAUUUUGGUUCAACAUUGAAUCUUAAAAAUGAACAUAAUAUUGAUUAUAACAUAAUGGUUCGAAUGUCGAAUGUUUUUACAAAAAAUACACCUGUUGAUAUGUCAUUUAUAUCAUUUUUACAUCCAACUUUUAUUCUUGAUCGAUCGAAUAUAAUGGAUAAUAAUAAUCAAGAAGGUUCAGAAUUACCUGAAUUUACUGAUGUAAAAAUGUUUAUUGAUUCAUUACUUAUUGGUUAUCAGACAAAUAAAACAAUUGAAUUUGAACUUGAAAGAAGUCCUAUGAUUUGUACACCAGUUCGUAGAGAUUCUAUUUUUGAAUCUGGAUCAAUACUUGUCACAACAAUUUUGAUUUUAGUUGAUUUUAUCUUUAUUAUUCCAUAUUUAAUUCUUUUAAUAAGUUUAAUUCGAGAAAAAAAUGCUAAAGUUAAAGAAAUUCUUAAAGUACUUGGAAUUGAACCUAUUUUAAAUAAUAUUGCUCAAUCAAUACGAACAUUGGUUAUUCUUUGUCUUUUAACUCUACUCUUAUGUAUUGUAUAUAAAUUAAAAUUAAAACCAGAUGCAUUUUUUAAUACAGUUAAUUUUGGUAUUCUCAUUCUUGGUUAUCUAAUAUAUGAUUUACAGUUAAUAUCAUUUUGUAUAAUGAAUGUACAAUUAUUUGAUAAAAAUGUUCGUGCAAUAUUGGGUACAUUUUUAAUUUAUGUGGUAUCGUUAAUUGUUUUUCCAUAUAGUAUUGUAUGGCCAACGGCUAUACAAUAUGUAUUAAUAUUUUUCAGCCCUUAUAUUGCUGCACAUUCAUUAUUUCAACAAGCAAUUUUACAUGAUUUAGCAAAAAUAAAUGUAUCAGUAUUUCGAACGAUUUAUCGUAAUGUACCAAUGUAUUUUCCAACGUUGAUUAUUAUGAUUGCUAGUUGUAUUUUCUAUUGGGCAUUGUCCUGGUAUUUGGAAAAAGUAUUUCCAGGUAUCUAUGGUAUUCCACUAGAAUGGAAUUUUCUAUUUAAACGAGAUUAUUGGCGUUCAGAAACAUUUAAUUCUCAUAAUCAUUCAUUUUCUAAUCGUAAUACAUCAUAUUCAAAAACAAAUUCUAAUGAAAAAUCUAUUGUACAUGUUCAACAUCUGAUUAAAAAAUUUGGUCCUGAUAAAAUAGCUGUUAAUGAUGUUUCAUUUAAUUUAUAUGAAAAUCAAAUAACAUCAUUACUUGGACCAAAUGGUUCUGGAAAGACAACAAUAUUUAAUUGUUUAAUUGGAAUAUAUAAACAAACAUCGGGUAAAAUAACAAUUGAAAAUGAUGAUGGAAUAGAAUUUGAUACUCGAACAAAUAUUGAUAUGUUAAGAAAAUCGAUGGGUUAUUGUCCUCAACAUGAUAUUCUUUUUGAUUUAUUAACUAUAAAAGAACAAUUAGAAUUUUAUGCAACAGCUCGAGGUUUUGGAAAAAAUAAAGAAAAAAUAGCUAAAGAAAUGCUUUAUUUAGUUGAUCUUCAAGCUUCAAAAGAUCUUUAUUGUAAUUCAUUAUCUGGUGGAAUGAAAAGACGUUUAUCAUUAGCUUGUGCAUUUGUUGGAGAUACAAAAAUUAUUCUUCUUGAUGAACCAUCAAGUGGACUUGAUCCAUCUAAUCGUCGUUUAUUAUGGGAUUGGUUACGUUCAAUGAAAGAAGGUAAAACACUUUUAUUAACAACACAUUUUAUGGAAGAAAGUGAUGCAUUAUCCGAUCGUAUUAUAAUUAUUGCUAAUGGAAAUAUUAAAGCUGAUGGAACAUCAGCUAAAUUAAAAGAACAAUAUGGAUCAGUUAUUAAUAAACAAAAUGGUUGUCAUACAAAUGAUAUUAAAAAUGAAUUAUGUCAAUAUUUACCAAAAUUAAAAAUUGAAACAGAUAUAUUGGAUGGUGAUGUUGUUUUUCGAACAAAUGAACAACCAAAUGAAUUAUUUAUACAAGCAUUAAAUCAACUUGAAAUUAUGAAAAAAGAAAAUCGAAUUAAAAAUUAUGGAAUACAAAAUAGUACUAUGGAUGAUGUAUUUUUAAAAAUAACACGAGAUACAAAAAAUGAUAAUGAAUCAAAUUCAACAUCAAUCGAUAUUGAUACAAUCGACAAACAAUGUCAUUAUGUAUUUAAUGAUCGACAAUUUCUUACUGGUAUUCUUUAUCAUUUAAAUCAAUUUUAUGGUUUAAUAAUAAAAACUUCAUUUGUACGUUAUCGUCGUUGGAUAUUAACAUUUAUUGUUUUAUUAUUACCUAUUUUAUAUAAUCUUCUAUCAAAUUUAAUAUCUCGUAGUGGAGAUGAAAAUGGAAUAUUUAAAAUGAAUUUAAAUUCUCUUAAUCCACAAACAAUUUUAUAUCAUACAGAUCCAAUUAUAGAAAAAUAUUUUCGUGCAUCUAUUGAUGGUUCAAUACUUGAACAAGCAUCAAGCAAUAUAUCGGAAAUGAAUCAAAAUAUUUGGCAAAAACGAAUGGAUCAUCCAUAUACAUAUACAGAUAUUUAUCUUGGUUUUAAUAUUCCAAAACCAAUUGAAAAUAAAUAUACAAUUCAAACAUUAUCGUCAAAUUUAAUAUCUGGUCAUGAAUUUGUUUCACUUGCAUCAAAUACAUUUUAUAAAUAUAUAUUAAAUGAUACGAGUGCAUCAAUUCAAACAACACUUAUUUAUAAAAAUAUUGGAAAUUUUACAGCAAAACCAUCUGUUGGUACUUUAAUGAAUGUAUUAAGUACAGCAUCAUGUUUUCUUAAAUUAUUACCAACAUCACUCAUGCUUGAUGUAUUUAUAUUUUAUAUUUUAUUCUUUUAUACAACUGUAUUUUUAAUCAGUGAACGAAAAGAUAGCUUUUUAUCAUUAUUGAAUAUUAGUGGUCUACAUAUUAUUAUUCCAGUAGUAACAAUGAUUAUUGAAAGUAGAUCUAUACAAAAACUUUUAUAUUGGUUAUUUAAUGUAAUAUCACCAAGUAUAAAUGCACAAGUUAUAAUAACAUAUCUUUUAGCAAAAAAAAGUCGAUUAUGUAAUUUAAUUACUAAUCCGUUGAGUACGAGUAAUCUUCCAACGAAACUUUUAAAAUCAAUUGGUGAUGAUACAAUUGAAUGGAAUAUUGGAAUACUUGUUUUACAUAUAUUAUUAUUCUUAUUAAUAUUAAUUAUAAUUGAUAGUGGUUUAUUACAAUUAUCAUUUUCAUGUUUAUAUAAAUCAAAUUUUGAUGAAAAUCAACUUGAUGAUGAUGUUUUAGCUGAACGUCAUCGAGUAUUAAACAAUGAAACAAAUUCAUCUCAUAAUGAAGAACAUAUUGAUCAUUUAACAGUUAAUAAUCUUGUUAAAUAUUAUCCAAUACGUAAAGUUUUAGCUGUUAAUCAUUUAACAUUCGGUGCACGACGUGGUGAAGCAUUUGGUUUACUUGGUUAUAAUGGUGCUGGAAAAACAACAACAUUUCGUAUUGUUGUUGGUGAUUUAAUGUCAACACAAGGCACAGCUUAUAUUGAUGAACAAAAUGUUCAUCGUCGAAUAAGAUCAACACGUCAUUUAGGUUAUUGUCCACAAGAAAAUUGUAGUAUGGAUUUUCUUACUGUUCAAGAUAGUCUUUAUUUAUUAGCACGUAUACGUGGUAUUAAACCUUCACGUAUAAAAUCUAUUGUUGAAACAAUAAGUUCAUUAUUUUUACUUAAUCCAUUUUUAAAUAAUUAUAUACAUGAAUUAAGUGGUGGCACAAAACGUCGAUUACAUACUGCUAUAGCAUUAAUUGGACCUCCAUUAGUUGCUAUUCUUGAUGAACCAACAACAGGUGUUGAUCCAAAUGCUCGACAACAAAUGCAAGAAAUAUUUUUAAAUGCUAUUAAAGCAAAAUUAACUAUUAUUUUAACUAGUCAUUCAAUGGAUGAAUGUGAACGUGUUUGCAAUCGUCUUGGUAUUAUGGUUCGUGGUCAAUUAGCUUGUUUAGGUACAAUACAACAUUUAAAAUCAAAAUUUGGCCAAGGUUAUACAAUUGAAAUAAAAGUUCGUUCAAUUGACAAUGAUACAAAUACAAUAACAAUACAAAAUGUUCAAGCAUUUUUAUUAUCUCAAAAACAAUAUCAUGUUGAAAUUAAAGAAACAACACAAUCAACUGGUUUAUUUCAAAUUGGAGGUAGUACACCAGCUGAAUUAUUUCAAUUACUUGAAGAAAAUAAACAAAGAUUAAAUAUUGAAACAUAUACAAUAUCACAAACAACACUUGAACAGAUAUUUUUAUCGUUUGGAAAACAAAUUCGUGCGACGGAUGAUAUUGAGAUUGUUAAUGAAAAUGACCUAGAUGAUUUAUUACCUUUAAUCCGUGCUCAUUGUGAAUAUCAUCAUCAAGCUGAACAAGUUCCUUUACUUAAUGACGAUGCUUUUAUGUCAGUAGCUCGUGUUCUUAUAGCUAAUAUAAAUCAAGAAGGUUUUCAACUUAUUGUUCGCGAUUUCAAAGACUGA